AUGAGAGCAGUGAAGUUAAUAGUGGUGACAGCCUCGAUUAAUGAGGCCCUCAUCACACUAGUGGCGGCGGGUCCCCAACAGUCACAGAAUGGAGAACAGAGUGAAGUUAAUAGUGAUGACCUUCCUUUCAACCGAGGGCAGUUAUCAAACAUUGGAACUUUGGAAGCAGAAAAGCAUGGGGACUACGAUUGCUUUGUUUACCACGACGUGGACCUGAUUCCUGAAAAGAGCAAAACAACCUACAAAUGCUUUCCCUGGCCCCUGCACUUGGCCAUAGGCGUGGAGCAAUCGCAAUACAUACCAUACUACGGGGGUGUUGGUGGAGUGGCAAUUGUGCCCAAACAACUCAUACACCAAGUCAAUGGCCACAGCAACAACUUCUGGGGCUGGGGUGGAGAGGAUGAUGACUUGCUACUGAGGUUCAAUAGUCAAGGAUUCAAUGUGAUGCAUUACCCAGCUGAAGUUGGCAGAUACAGAUCCUUGCCACAUGUUCCAGCAAGUCCAUCUCCAAAUAGGUCA